GAGGGGCGCGGAGCCUGCGACACAUUGUACCGAAACCUUCCUGAUGACUUCUUGCAUGGUGAAGGGAUGUACAAUAACCUCCAAGAGCGAGGUGCCCGGCCUGGUUCUUCACUCCUUCCCAGAUAAUGUUGAUCUGAUCCGGUCCUGGUUACUACAGACUGGACUGGACAUCCAGGAUAUAGGUGAGGUCUCUGAGAAGAUCAUGGAGGACGCCUCGCGCUCCAUAUACAGGAUGUGCUCCCGCCACUUCUCCCCAGAAUGUUACACGACUGACGAUGGGUCCCACAGAGUCCUGAAGAAGGACGCGCUCCCCACACUGUUCAUUCAGCCGUCUUCUCCAGCAAUGGACUCCAGGAUAGUCCAGAUUAAAACUGAAGAAUGUGACUAUGAUUCCUCCUCACUAUCCUUAGUGAGCAGCGGGACCAGCGCCUCCUGCAGCACAAAGAUGGAACAACGUUAUUCCCAGUGUUCAUCCACCAGUCCGCUCCACCCAGGACAGGAGCAAUCGGCCGGUGGCUCCUCUCGCUGUAUAGUUACAGACUGUCCUAACUUCAUGGAUAUCCAGCAUCCUGACGUGACUGUCCACAUGUUUCCCAAUAAGUUUUCGGCAGUGAAGUUGUGGCUCCAGCAGACCGGCCAGAACUUUGGCGAUCUUGACCUGGCUGCCCGGCAGGUUUUGGACAUGAGCCCCUCGGAGAGGUUUGGGAUGUGUUCUGAUCACUUUGCCCCCAAUAGUUACGUCAUCCACGGCACGGAGGUGAACCUCAAAGCAGACGCCAUGCCAACUAUAUUCCCAGGCCUUCAAAGAAACGUCUUAAAGGAGGAGGAGGUGGAGUUAUCAUUUCGUUCGGAUGGCUCUAACCCUUCCACAGAACAGCUGGACGUGUACGCCGACUAUAACCACAAACUGCGCCAUGUUGCCACCAGCACCGAUCCUUACUGGGGUGUCCGUAGCAUUGGGGUGAUCACCAGACCUAUACUUGUCCAGGAAGCCUCCACCUCCACACGAAUGGGUACAUUUUCCAAUGGUUUGAAGUCCCUUCGGUGUUUGGUGGACAAGGCCGUCCAGUGCUCGGAGUACGAGCUCAACCGUGGGGACAAUUCCUGGAAUGUUAGACCUGACUACCUCUAUAGGUUCGGUCCGGCUGUCCCCCCAAGAGACAUGAGUAUGGGGCUGCCCCAGAGAAUGGCUGAAGACCUGGAGUCAGAGGAGCAGAACUGGACGGCACUACUGCAAGGACUGACCCCUGACAACUCUCGACUGCCCAGAAAAGUCCCGGUAAAGGACAGCAGGUUAUUUUUCGCAAUGGAGGAAGUGAUGGUCUCUCUCAUGCAGCAUUUGCUCAACACUCCCUUCAUAGAAGAGGCCUCCAAGCUGAUGACACAGAAGUUCCUGAAUCAGGUCCUGGAGAUCGUGGCUCUUCUGACCGGAGAUAAAUGGGUGCUUGCGGAGAGAGAUGAGCCCCCUGACAUUCCGGAGGAGGUACCAGUGAAAUGUGACGAUGUUGCGAUGUAUUUCUCCUCGGAGGAAUGGGAAUACAUUAAAUCGCACAAGGAUCUUUACCGGGAUGUGGUCACCGAGGAGCUGCAGGACCUCACCGAAAUGCCAGAGGACAGCGAUACAGAUGAAUCGAUCAGUGAGGAAGAAGCCAAUGAGACCACAAAACAACCCAACUCUCCAGAAUGGCUGCCGGAGGGCGCUGUCAGCGAGUACAGCGAGUUGGAGUUAUUGUCCGAUGAAGAUGACGGAAAAGACUCCAUGCAAGAGGAUGAAGACUUCUCGUCUGGUCUUCCAGGUUCUUCCACUUUACUGAAGGAGGACGGUGGAUCGGUCAGAAGCUCCAAAAUAAAGAAAUACAAUUUGGUACAUAGAAAAGGCAGAAACUAUCACUGUAAGAAGUGCGACAUGACCUUCCCCAAAAAACUGGCCUUUAAAAGGCACCUGAAAUCCCAGAAGCACCUGAAGAGUUACGAGGAGGAGGUAGACAUGGAGUGCGAGGACUGCGGCCAAACCUUCGUCACCAAAUCCUUGCUGAUCAAACACCGGGCCGAGAACCAUGCGGUGAAGCGCUACGCCUGCACCAUCUGCGGUAUACAGUACGACUACAAGUCCCAGUUCAUAAUCCACCAGAGGGCGCACACCGGGGAAAAACCCUUCGAGUGUGAAAUGUGCGGAAGAAAAUUUGGCCAUAAAUGCAGCCUGCUGGUUCACCAGAGGAGACACACCAAAGGUAAGACCGUGUCCUGCAGCAAAUGCGACCACCGCUUCGACACAAAGUCCCAGCUGGCCAGACACGAGAAGAUCCACAACCACGAAAAACCCAUCAUGUGUCGUCUGUGCGGGAAACGCUUCGCUCAUAAAUCGCAUUUCAUGAAACACAAAUGGGCGUUCCACCAUGAAGAUGUCUGACCACCAGAGACCCCGCCAUUCCUUCUAGAAGGAUAGUUUGUAAGCAUUUCUGUUCACCACAAGUGCCACCGCGCCAGAUGCCCCCGGCUGAGGAGGUGCUGGACUCUAAUACUGGGUUCAAGUUAGAGGUUUUCUAAUCUUUAUAGGAAGACAAACAUGGUGACUGUGUAGGAGGGCAGUCGGCUCGUAGGAAAUGUCUAGUGGUUUAUCUGAACCCAUUUCUGAGGAGAUGACUCGCACUUAUCUGCCGUCCCCUCUUCAAUAAACAUGGGGGGGGGGGGGGGGGUGUCUCCAGUUGUUGCAAAACUACAACUCCCAGCAUGCCCGAAAAGCCGAAGUUGUAGUUUUGCAACAGCUGGAGGUCCACAGUUUGGAGACCACUGCCCUAGAUCAAAGUGUUCACCAGAUGUUGCAUAACUACAACUUCCACCAUGUUGCAGGCUUCCGUCUGUUGCAAAACUACAACUCCCAGCAUGCCCGGACAGCCUUCGGCUGUCCGGGCAUGCUGGGAGUUGUAGUUUUGCAAAUGCUGAAGGUCCCCUGGUUGGGAAACACUGGGGUAAAUAAGGGGUUGACAGGUUCUCAUUAAAGGAUACGCCCGGCACCCUUUUUGAUCAGCUGUUCCCUACAGCCCCGAUACCUUCACAGCAUACUGGGAACUGACCUUCAGUAACCCAGCAUGCCCACUACACAUAGAAUGGCGCUACCCUCUUCCAGCAGGGGUGCAAGUUUUUUUUGGGACCCAGAUGAAUGUGGAACCACAUUCCAUCUGGUUUGGCUGUGUCACUACCCCCUCCACAGCCAUCAUUGUCCUCAUUCACUGUGUCGUUGGCACAACGCCUUACCUGCCUUUUACAGCAGAGGAGCGUCGGAACACGGGCACAGAGUUAAAGGGGGUACUCUGUCCCUAAACAUCCCAUAUCCAUUGGAUAGGGGAUAAGAUAAGUUGUCUGAUUGCUGGGGACCCCCGCGAUCUCUCCUGCUGCACCCCCCCAUACAUCAGCAGCCUGGAGCUAUGUUUGCUCUGUGGCUGAUGACCGGCGAUAUAGGGGGAUGGGGUAUUGUGACGUCACGAGGGGCGGGGCCGUAACGUCACGAUACCCUGUCCCUGUAUCGCCCGUCAUCAGCCACGGAGCAAACAUAGCUCGGGGGUGCCACUGCCGAGAUCGCGGGGGUCCCCAACGAUCAGACAUCUUAUCUCCUAUCCUAUGUCUAGGGGCGGAGUUCCCCUUUAAGGUUUGGACACCUGACCUGAUGCCGUCUGUAAGAGACGGGUAGGGAGGAGAGGUGCCGAUGGGUAAGCGAAAGAAGACAUUGGUGGCUGUGAAAGGAAAGUCACAGAGUCGCCCCCGACGUGCUGCGGUCCAGCUGCCAAUAUGUUUACACUGGAAAACCCAUCUUAUCCGAGUCUCCUCUGCUGAGCUGCCAGGAGGAUGGUCGUGGCUGCACAAAUCCUCUGUCUGGGCUGCCUUAAAGCGCUGCGGUCACUUGUAAAAUAAGAUCAACACCUUUAUGAUCCAUUGUCUACCCAACCCCAGGUACAAGUGUAUUCCAAUUAGGGUGCCUUCAGCUGUUGCAAAAACUAUACCUCCCAUCAUGCUGGGAAUAGUAAUAUUUAAAGGGGUUAUCCAGGAAAAAACUUUUUUAUAUAUAUAUCAACUGGCUCCAGAAAGUUAG